GAUUAAAGUCCCUGGUGUAUAUGGGUAGGUGUGUACCCAGUGGAUCACUGAGUACCAUAUAAACUCUUAACGAUUGCUGCCAGGACAUGACACCGGUUCAACUCUGAUACAUGCCAUGGAGUUUAUUUGGAAAUAUUAAAACUAUCUUGGAUGUUUUAAUUGAUUAGGUUUGGAACAAUAACAUCCAUGAGGAUGGGAUCUGAUUAUUAAGAAACAAGUUUCCAGAAGGACCAUGGGAUUCGCCAGACAUCAUCCGUGUCAUGUCCAAAACUUCCAACUCGACCACUCGGAUGGAAGGCACUUUGUCACACUCCAGGGAGGACAUUUGUAUCCUUACCUGGCAUGGACGUCAUUCUGGUCACUUUAUCACCUGGCCUGGAUCAUAGUGGAGAUUUACUGGGCUAGCACAGACGAUCAAAACGACGCCCUCUUCUUCAUAUAUCUCACCAACCUUGGCUACAUCCUAUUGGUCAGUUUCACGUGGCUUGACCUGGCUGCUGUUAUAUACUUUAUCCUUAAAAUAAAGAAAGAUGGCGACCAAUGCUGCAUGCCACUGCUCUGGAAGGUCAACUGGAUACUCUACAACAUGGCGAUGACGAUAGCGAUCAUUGUAGUGGUGGUCUACUGGAUCUUAUUAGCUUCCUCUUUCGGUCCCGGCAGCAUCAACAAACAUCUUAUAAAUGGUGUCAUAGCAUUGUUGUACGUGUCCUUCACCGCCAAGCCGUCCCGCAUCCUUCACUUUUACCAACCUUUAAUAUUCGGUUUUGUGUACACUGUUUUCUCUGUCAUAUACUUCGCUGCGGGAGGUGGUAAUGUUUACGAAGUGUUGGACUGGAGUAAACCAGGAUCAGCUCUCGCCCUUACUCUUCCUUUGGUCUUCAUAGCUGUGCCCCUCGUCCAUCUUGGCAUAUGUGGCAUCUAUUAUGCACGUUUGGAAAUAUGGCGGAGAUGCAGUCAUUCAGCGGACGUAAAUCCCACUGGAGAAUCCGAAACCAACCCCCGAAUGGACAGUGAAAAUGGAAUAGGGAGUACAGGUGGGAAUAGUAACCAGAUAUCUACGAUAUCCAACGAGACCAAGAAAUCCGGUGUCAUAUAAAAAUAUCAUCCCACAUAAAUUACUAACCCAGGUGAAUAUUUAUGGGGAUGGAUUUUUAGGACACCGCCACUGUGUAACCGAUGGUUCUUUUGCUUGUAGGGCUAGUGCAAACCUCGUUUUCCAAUAAACUACGUAAAAGAAGAAAGAACUUUGAUGAUCCUGAUUCUCUGAUUGCCAUAUGAAUGUUUUGUGUUUUGUAAACGUUGAAUUUUAGAAUACAUAUGCCAUACCCGUAACCCCCUGUGUAUCGGUACACCAUUAUUAAACUGUUAAAUGGUUCAUUGUUCAUUACAACUUACCUGAUACCUGGCUGUGUAUAUAUUACCUGAUGGAGACAAUCAACUAUAUAGGUGACGUUAAUGAGACAGUGGUGAUCGCAACUUCACGGAAUACCAGGAAAUCACAUUGUGUUAUUUUAUAUUGUGAUAAACACAACAAUCAUGCUCAAAGAUGCCAAUAGCAUUUCUGUGAUAGAGUAAUGUUACAUGUUGAUGUUAAAUUAUUAGUGGAUUGUUUUCAACGUAUUAAUUGUGUCAUCAAACUACCUCAGUAAGACUUUGAUAAGUGUUGCUUAAAUGAAUCAAUGAAGUUGGUCCGUUAAAAUCACUUAGGAUAUCAUUGGAUAUUGUACAUGUUGGACUUUCAAUAAGAUGGGAUGUCUUAUGUUACAAUAUUGCAUAGCUUGUGAUUAAUGUUGUUAGAGAUCACGUUAUCAGUAUUCAAAAUCUUGUGAUUCAUUUUUCAAAUUGUUAUUAAAAUA